ACAUUUUUGAAAUUCACUUACAAAUAAACAGUCAUUGCUUGUGGGUAGCCCCAGACAUGGCCAGCAGUUACAGUGCAGAACUAAGCAACCACAGCAGACUUUUCUUCUCGGGGAGAAUGUAGAACAUGUGCCAAACUGCAUAGGGAAUCCUCCUGUCAUCUCUUAACCAUUGGCUCAGAUGUCCAUGUCAAAUACCCCCAGGUGGCACUUGCAGUGUAAAUUUAGCCAACCUAUAUAUAUAUAAAGACCCACUUGGUCCUCAGCUAUCCUGUUGUCAAUUUUGCAUUCAAUUCAGGCCUUAUUUGGUCUCCUGUCAUUAACAGAACAAAUAUACACACAUGGAUUAAGUCGGAUUGUUUUAAUUUGGUGCGGUGGUGAUAAAAGCAGUAGAUUAUAUAUUUUUUAAUCUAUAGCCAUACAGCUUGAGAUGUCCAGUAUACUUGCUGUUGCUUUUUUCCAUUUAUUUCUAUCGCUCCCCCUGAUGUUCAAAAUGGCAGCAAGGGCCGCAGUCUAGUUUUGCCGCUGUUGACGACUUUCAACAGUCUGCAUGAUAAAGGCCCUCCUACUUCUCAUAUGUCGUCAUUUAGGCUUGCCCAGAAAGAAAUGCAUACGGGAGAAAAUUGGAGGAAAACUAGCCCAACUGAACAGCCAGCUCAGCCCAGGCCCCCCUUUUUUUUAUUCGGGGUUUCGUUGUUUUUCGGUCCUCGGUGAAAGUAGGAGAUGAGGGGACUCCUGCAGUUUUACCGGGCUCUGAACGCCCUGUGUAACCGACAAGUCAAGCGAAGAGCUGGAUUUGCCGGUUCUCAGUGCGGGUUUAGCGGAACCGUGUCUGAUAGCAAGCCACAGCCACGCUUUGGACUGCUGUUUGACAUUGAUGGUGUGCUUGUCCGGGGAAAGAUGCCCAUCCCUGCUGCAAAAAAGGCCUUCCAAAAACUGGUCAACUCUCAGGGCCAAUUUGUGGUGCCAGUUGUUUUUGUUACCAACGCAGGGAAUUGCAUGCGGCAGAUGAAAGCGGACCAGCUCUCUCACAUCCUGGGUGUGCCUAUCACUAUGGACCAGGUGAUGAUGUCACACAGUCCACUGAGGAUGUUCAAGAAGUACCAUGACAAGUGUGUUCUGGUGUCAGGACAAGGACCCGUCCUGGAUAUUGCCAAAAACUUGGGCUUCCAGAAUGUGGUCAGUGUCGACAUGCUGAGAGAGUCAUUUCCUCUUCUGGACAUGGUGGACCACAACAGACGACCCAAAGUGCCGUCCAGUCCAAUUGCCAACCUUCCCACAGUAGAAGCUGUUAUUCUGUUUGGGGAGCCCAUCCGAUGGGAGACCAACCUCCAGCUGAUAAUUGAUAUCCUGUUGACCAAUGGGAACCUGAGCGGAGCCCACCAGAGCCAGAAGCUACCCCAACUCCCCCUGCUGGCCUGCAACAUGGACCUCAUGUGGAUGGCCGAGGCCCAGUCUCCACGGUUUGGUCAUGGGACGUUCCUUGUGUGCUUGGAGAACAUCUAUAAGAAAAUAACAGGUAAAGAGGUGAAGUACAAGGCUCUGAUGGGGAAGCCCAGUGAACUGACCUAUCACUUUGCUGAGUACCUUAUCAGAGGCCAGGCCGUGGAGAGAAACUGGACACAGCCCAUCACCACCCUCUAUGCUAUUGGGGAUAACCUGAUGACUGACAUCUAUGGGGCCAACCUCUACAACCGCUACCUGGAAGAGAGGACAAGGAGGAAGACCUCCAAAGCUGUCACCAAGAUGGCCACCGCCACGGGCUCCGCCGCAGCCCUGCCCCAGGUCAACGACCACGUAGAAAAUGCCUGGGAGAGCGAGCUGGCACCCCCCUCCGCCACCUCCUGCAAAUCUAUCCUGGUAUGUACUGGGGUGUACAACCCCCACACAGAGGUGCCCAAUGACACCAACCAGUGCAUCAAGGAGAUUGUGUUCCACGGGCACCGGGACUUCCACUUUGACCCGGCGCUGGUGGAGCCCGGGCACAUCGUGCAGGAUGUGGCUGACGCUGUGGAGCUCAUCUUUGAGCAGGAGAAGUUUGUGCCUCAGUAAAGUUCUCCGAUUGGUGUCGUCAUGGCGACCUCAGUAGAGAUCUCGGUUGGCCUGUGCCGGCCAUAGAAUCAGAAUGGAUUCUAUUCUAAUUCUAUGGUUCUGGCUUUAAAAGGAGGGGGUGCUCAAAAUAAUGCAGAGCAGAUCCUACCAAACUGACUAGUGUUGUGCAGAUUUGUUUUGCAUGGUACGAUGGACAUGGAGAUUCCCUUGGUUUUUAGCUGGGAAAACACCACACAAGGAGUUACUUUGGACAGUGUUUACAACUUGUCAGGGCAUUGAAGGAUCUUAAGAGGUCAUAUUCAAACUCGUAAUGGUGUAAAGCAUUGAACUCUUAUUGCUGCUGUUGUAUUGUUUCAUUGUGGGUUUAAAACUAAUCAAGUUUAGCACAAUUACCCACUUUUAAGUAAUGGCAAUUGAUUUGAAUAACAGCCUUAUUUAAUGGUAUUAUACUGUACGUAUUUUCUUAGUUGUGAUUACGUAUAAAGAUUGACAGUAUUUUAAAAUUGUGUCGUCGUCUUAUGCAUCUUUAUGACUGCAAUAAGUUAGCAAUAUUUUUAUGAAGUCUCUGUAUAGAUUCCCUCACAAACGGACCAUAUUAUUGUCUACCAUACAUUUAGUCUGUUACGUCUACAGUAUGCAUGCAUUUCAUGAGAUAGAUUUAAUGCAUUAUACUGUACUGUAAGAUGACCUAUUAGGUUUAGGUUGCAAUACUGACAUUCAACUGUGCUGUCUACAUUAUUUCUAGCAAUAUAAACCAUAUAACCUGUAUUUGCACAGAACAAAACAAUUCAUUUUAAUGUUACCAUAUCUUGCUGGGCUCGUAAACUCGCCCUUAGUUGUAAAUGUACAAUUUGUCGUAUGCAUUAGAACUUUGACUGCAGAUGCAAAGACUGUAUCUAGCCAUUUAUAUUUAUAUAAAAUAUAUAAAUAUAAGAGAAGCUAUAUUUUCAUUGGUGAAUGAACCAUGCAGUUCAGUGGAUGCAUUACCUGUUUUACAAGAUGUUAUCAAUGUCAAUAUUGCUUGUAUGAUUGAAAAUAGCGUUGCUUUAAAAAAGUAAACAUUCUGGCUACUUAUAUUUCAGUGCUGAAGAUAUGCUGUAUAGCCUGAGUUUGUUUACAUGAAAACAAAUGACUCCAUAGGAAAUAAAACCUGCUUAUCUUCUUGCCAUAAA